UUUAAUCUUCAGUAAAGAAAGAUUUAUCAGUGUGAAUUUGUGUUUUAUGAGGCUAAUCUCUUUGUUGAGGGAAAAAGAUGUCUCGAUUCAAGGAAACGCAUAAAGAGAUGGAUUCUAGAAAGAAGGCCACUAAGACGACACAGAAACGAAAGAAAAAGGCUGAAAAUGACAAGGAAAAUGGAGUGAUGUCAAAAGAAAGGCUUCCUCUAAUUGGUUCAUCAGGCAACAGAUCUGCAGCGAGGCCUUCACUCCUCACUCCUCAUCACCCUCUUCAGCCCGACUCCAGAAAGCGUGGUCCUCUUCUGGUCUCUUCGGGGGCCCCUGACAGCAUGGCACCAUGGGAAGGCUCCUCCCACUCCGAGUCCUCCUUCAGCAGUUUCCCUCCUCCACCCUCACCGGUUCCUCUCGCCCACUCAAAGCCAAUAACAGCUCCAGAUCCUCCUCCUGCUCCUCCUCCUCCCUCCUCAAACCCUCAGCCUGACACAGAACACAGCACCCGGGUGAAGCGCAGGCCUGUCCCGCCACGACACCCCCCCAGACCCCCCCGGCUGCCCCCUCUCAGGCAGAUCAGCAACCUCAGCUUCUCCCGCAGCUUCACCUUCUCCUUUUUCGAGCUGCCGGUUCAUCAGUCUGCCAGGAGCCGCGCUGAGAGACUGCGAGAUCUCACUCUGCUGCUCCGGCAGUUUCGCUACUGAGGAGAAACCUACGGCUGUAAGUGCACAUCUACAGCAGAGAUGCAGAGCUGUGUGCACACAUUCACACCAAAUGCUCAAAAUGACCAGCUUAUGGCUUCUGCCAUGAUUUAUAGAUGUAUUAUUGUAGGUUAAAGAUAGACUUUGGAAUGUUUAGGAUUUUUAUAAUUUUUUUUAUUUCAUUUUUUGUUAAAGUUUU